AUGCAGGCCCUUCCCGAGUCACGUCAACAGACGUUUGAAGAGAUCUAUGGCGCGCCCGAGAACUUCCUUGAAAUUGAGGUGAAGAACCCACAAACACAUGGCUCCUCGCCUCGGAACAUGUAUACCUCAUACGAGAUUCACACACGCACGAACAUACCCGCCUUCAAGCUGCGCCACUCCGUUGUGCGCCGCCGCUAUUCAGACUUCGAGUAUUUCCGAGAUAUCCUGGAACGAGAGAGCGCAAGAGUUACCAUACCUCCACUACCAGGGAAAGUGUUCACCAAUCGGUUCUCCGACGAUGUGAUUGAACACAGAAGGGAAGGUCUGCAACGAUUCCUCCAGAUUGUGGUAGGCCACCCGCUUCUACAAACAGGCAGCAAAGUGCUCGGGCCAUUUAUACAAGACCCCAAUUGGGACCGCAAUGCGUGGUAA